AUCAAAGGUAAUUAUCCAAUUACCUUAUCAUCCUCAGACCAUGGAAAAGGCAUCGGAACGCUUGAAAAAACACAGGCCAUUAUCCUUUCAACCAUAUGAUCACAUCCGCAAUCACUUUAACACUCGCCACAAAGAGCAUAAAAUAGUUGAAGCAGUGGAGAGACUGUUUUCGAAACGUUUUGAGCUGUUGAAUGACCAGAGUUUUACUCUCGCUCCUCCGUCCUCAAUGUUUGUGGGUCAUCCUUGGGAGGUUGAGGCCCUACAGGCCCUGAAGAUCUCCUUGAACACCACAAAAUCCCGAUUAAACGACUUUAAGUUAAUGGAGUGGCAGAAACACACAGGUACCACUAAUCAGGCAGGCGAGGUCCACAAGAAACUCCGAACAGUGAUAAACCCCGAGUUCCUUACACAGGCCUGGUGCAAGUUCUACGAGAACCUGUCCUCCUUCCCCCUCAUUCCUUCCGGUGUGCUGCAAUCUGGAAAACUGCACUCUAUACACCUCUGUGAGGCCCCAGGUGCCUUUGUCAUGUCCCUCAAUCACUUCCUUAAGGUGAAUCAUCCAGAUAUCACUUGGACCUGGACAGCAUCCACUCUGAACCCUUAUUAUGAGGCCAACAGCAAUUCCACCAUGAUAACCGACGAUAGAAUUAUUCUCCACACUGAAGGGCACUGGUAUUUCGGAGAGGAUCAGACUGGUAACCUCAUGACCCUGGAGAAUCUCGAGGGGCUGCUCCGGAGGGAACGAGGUAAAGCGAUGCUAGUAACUGCUGAUGGCAGCAUCAGUUGUAUUGAUAAACCUGAUGAACAGGAAGCUGUGGUCUCUCAUUUACACUACUGCGAGACUGUGGCUGCUCUUCACCUCCUGGAAAAUGGGGGCAGCUUUCUUCUCAAAAUAUUCACCAUCUUUGAGCAGGAGACUGUCUGUCUGCUGUACCUGAUGAGGUGCUGUUUUGAGAGGGUUGUGCUGAAUAAGCCUGCUACGAGUAAAGAGGGGAAUUCAGAGGUAUAUGUUGUUUGUUUGGGAUUCAAAGGAGACGUCGUCAAGGAACACCUGGCGGUACUGACGAGUCGGUAUGAGGAGGGAGAGGAAAUGAGAGGAAAAGAGACUUCAAUGUUUCGCAGAGAAGAUCUGCCUAACAAGUUUAUCGAACAGAUCAUUCAGGCUGGAGAAUUUUUUAAGGGCCAUCAGUGUCAGGUCAUUCAGAAUAACAUCAGGAUGUUCGAGGAGGGGGUGGAGGAUGACGUUUGGAAGAUUCGCGAUGCUGUGGCUGAGGCAUUUAUUGCGAGAUAUGGGGUGAAGAGAGUGGAUAAGGCGGAGGAACUCGUUGGGAAGAGGAGAAUUUCGAUGUUCAACAACAAAGACACACAUUUCAAGUUCUCGGAUGGAUCGUUUAAUGAUAGGAAACGGGAGGAGGAAAUGCUGGGGGAAGAGAGAAUCAAGAGACUGCAGGAGGACAUGCAGGGCGUGCCGGGAAGAGCGAGUUUUAAAUUCAUUCUACCAAACGAUUCAGGACCGUUAAUGAUUAAUCUUGGGAAAUUUUAUGAGAAAAUUCAGAGCUCUAGAUUCUGUUUUCCUAGAAUGCUCAAAAAUUUAAUCUCUGGUUUUCACGUACUGGAUGAAUUUAACUUGAAUCUGGAAUUCCCAGAAGCCGCAGCAAAGACUGAAUUCAUCGAAAAAAUGAGAAGAGAAGACAAAAAAGUUUUUUCCUUUUCGCUCACGGACAAAGUUGAUACCAAUCUGAUAGAAAAGAUUUAUGAAAUACUCGAGAGCAUCGAGGAGAAUGACUCAAUUGUUCUUCUCGGGUAUUGUUUAUUGUCGCAAUUGAAUGUUGGAAUUCUGUAUCUUCUGGGUCAUGCCUUCAAGACACUCGAGAUAGAGGCGGAAAAUGAUCUAGGGGUAGUCGUGACCCUAGAGAAUUUUCGAAACAGGAAAAAAAUGAUUGACAACUUCCGCGAAAUCAUUGAGGCAGCAAAUAACGCCAGGGAAAGCAACAAAAUUGUGAUAUCGAUCUUCCCGAUUUCUCAAUUAUUAUGUGCCUGCGAGAUGUACCAAAGUAUACUGAUGAUUAAUCAUGUGGCGAUCAAACAUGUUAUCAAUCACAUCGUUGAAAAAAUCAGUAGGUCUUCGUAAUGAAGAAAAAUUUGUGACCAUAUGAAGUCUGCAAGUAUCGUGAUAUUGUAUUUUUUCAAUUAUAAUUUUUUAUAAUUCUAUUUGUAUUUAAUUAAUUGUCUUCAUUUAACUAAUAUAUAUUUGUGAUAACGAGAGUAAUGAGUCUCAUUUUUUCAAGAUUGCGCCAAUAAAGUGAUAAAAACUA